CUCCUUCAAGCUCCCUCUACACCUCUCCCCCUACCCUUUUUCCCUUUCUUUGUUUCCUUGAACUUCCUGUUGUCUUUGCUACUUUGACUGAGCCUAAAAGGCAAAACAUAUCAACCCCAUUCACACACACGCAUAGAGGCAGAACCAAGCAAGCAAAGCUGAGCGCACACUCAGACCAGAGAAGAGGAGGAAUGAAGGAGAGCGGCGGGGGAAGGAAGCAGGGGACGCCGUCGCCGUGCGCGGCGUGCAAGCUGCUGCGGAGGAGGUGCGCGCAGGACUGUGUGUUCGCCCCUUACUUCCCGGCUGACGAGCCCCACAAGUUCGCCAACGUCCACAAGGUCUUCGGCGCCAGCAAUGUCAACAAGAUGUUACAGGACCUACCGGUGCACCAGCGCGGAGACGCUGUGAGCAGCAUGGUCUAUGAAGCCAACGCCCGAGUACGGGACCCGGUCUACGGCUGCGUUGGGGCCAUAUCGUCUCUCCAGCAGCAGAUCGACAUGCUCCAGAGCCAGCUCGCCCAGGCCAAGGCCGAGGUGGUGCACCUCCGGGUCUGGCAGAACGCGACCCUAUCUAACCACGGUCCGAACCCGGCCAGCCCGAGCAACAGCGGGUCGCCUUCCUCGCGGCUCAUGGCCUCCCAGGGCAAAUCGAUUUUCGAAAUGGACAUGAUGGUGGACCAGCCAAGCUUGGGAGAUACAAUGUGGUGAAGCUUACCUUUUCCUAAACCACCAUAUACCGAAUAUACUUUUGGAGCCUAUGAUUCUAAACCAGCUCUCUCUUUCUUCUUUCUUCUUUCUUCUUUCUUCUUCUUCUUUUUUUUCCCCUCAUUUGAAGAAAUCUUAGAUUUCGAUUCGAUGUAUAUCCCACAUGAGCCGUAGAACGGCGGCGCCGCCACAGUGGAUGAUGGCUGAGCGGCCGCGGUAGGAGGAAAGGGUGAAGGCUAUUCACCCGCAGUUUUUAUUUUCUAAAAGGGUCACUAAUUACUAUUGACCUCAAUGUAGCUAUAGUCUUUUUUCGACUUUACCAAUGUGAGUAAUACUAUAUAAUUAUAGUGGAUUGUGCACUUAUGAAACAAA